GGGAGGGAAUUCCCGCCCAUCCUGGAGGCUCGCUGCAUGCCUAGCGCCGCGCCGCGAGGUGCGGACUCCCAGCGCGGGCGAGUGCCGGCCCCGGGCAGAGGGACGCGGUGGGGCGGCGGCGGCGGGGCCCCUCGGAGCCGCGGGCCGAGCCGGAGGCGCGGGGGAUUGCUCCUCCCGAGGCUGCGGGCGAACCGCGGCGCUGCAGCUCCGGGCAGGCGCGGCGGCGGCACCGGUGGUGGCAGCAGCGGCGGCGGCGGCGGCGGCGGCGGCAGCUGCACGGGAACCCGCCGGGCGGCGCCCGGGUCCGGACGCGAGAAAAGCAGCGGGAGCCCCUUCCGAGCCACUAGCAGGUGUGCAUGAGCCCAGGGGAGGACCCACUGUCUGUUGCUGCUGGAGGAAUACCCAAUUUCCAAGUCAUCUGCGCGGGCCCUGCUGUGAAAUGAGCCAAGCCAGGACUUGUCGGACACUGGCUCUGUUCCUUGUCGCGCACUCGGGAGCCGUUGUCCCACUGUCGUAAUUGCGUCCUGUCCUCCUCUUGCCAAGGCCAACAGCCCUGACUCGAGUAGGUGUCCCAGGCUCCUCUGCCAGCCUGAACAUGAACACAUGCAAAGCUCAUGACAACCAGGCUUCGCAAGGGACGUGGGGCCCGGCAGGGCCCGGCCCCCAGGAGCGGGUGCUCUCAUGAUGCUGGCGUCUGGGACUGAGCACCAUGCCCAUCACCCAGGACAAUGCCGUGCUGCACCUGCCCCUCCUCUGCCAGUGGCUGCAGAACAGCCUGCGGGAGGGCGGGGACGGGCCGGAGCAGCGGCUCUGCCAGGCGGCCAUCCAGAAGCUGCAGGAGUACAUACAGCUGAACUUUGCUGUGGAUGAGAGCUCCGUCCCGCCCGACCGCAGCCCCCCUGCGAUGGAGAUCUGUACUGUGUACCUCACCAAGGAGCUGGGGGACACGGAGACGGUGGGCCUGAGUUUCGGGAACAUCCCUGUGUUCGGGGACUAUGGAGAAAAGCGCAGAGGGGGCAAGAAGAGGAAACCCCACCAGGGCCCCGUGCUGGAUGUGGGCUGCAUCUGGGUGACGGAGCUGAGGAAGAACAGCCCGGCGGGGAAGAGCGGGAAGGUGCGCCUGCGCGACGAGAUCCUCUCCCUGAACGGGCAGCUGAUGGUCGGAGUUGAUGUGGGUGGAGCCAGUUACCUGGCUGAGCAGUGCUGGAAUGGCGGCUUCAUCUACCUGAUCAUGCUGCGGCGCUUCAAGCACAAAGCCCACCCCACGUACAAUGGCAACAGUGGCAACAGCUCUGAAGCAGGAGAGACGCCUACCUUGGAGCUGGGUGAUCCAACAGCGAAAAAAGGGAAAAGAACGAGGAAGUUUGGAGUGAUCUCCAGGCCUCCUACCAGCAAGGCCCCUGAAGAAUCCAAGAGCAGCCUUGGCUGUGAGUCGGCCGAUGACCCCAGCUCUGGGCUGGAGAAUGGCGCAGACCCUGGACUUGGAAAUGGCCACGCCUCUGAGCUAGAAAAUGGGCCGGAGUCUCUCAAGGAGGUGGCUGGACCCCAGCUAGAGAGGUCAGAAGUGGACAGAGGGGCAGAGAAUAGAGUUCCUCUGGCCACGAGCAAUGACAAACGGCGCUUCUCAAAAGCUGGGAAGACGGACUUCCAAUCGAGUGACUGCCUGGCACGGGAGGAAGUUGGCCGGAUAUGGAAGAUGGAGCUGCUCAAAGAGUCCGAUGGGCUGGGAAUUCAGGUUAGUGGAGGCCGAGGAUCAAAGCGCUCACCUCACGCUAUCGUUGUCACCCAAGUGAAGGAAGGCGGUGCCGCUCACAGGGAUGGCAGACUGUCCUUAGGAGAUGAGCUGCUGGUAAUCAAUGGGCACCUAUUGGUUGGGCUGUCCCACGAGGAAGCCGUGACCAUUCUUCGCUCAGCCACUGGAAUGGUGCAGCUGGUGGUGGCCAGCAAGGAAAACUCUGCGGAGGAUCUGCUCAGGUUAACAUCUAAGAGUCUGCCUGAUCUGACCAGCUCCGUAGAGGACGUGUCCUCCUGGACUGACAACGAAGACCAGGAGCCCGACGGGGAAGAGGACGAAGGAGCGGGCUCGUCUUCCGACCGGGCAGCAAUGCCUGGGACCGAGGAGACCCAAGAUUUGUGCGGCCCUGAGGAAUCCAAGGGCAGCUCGGAAAGCCCCAAGCAGGGCGGCAGCAAGGUGAAGACCAAGAGUCGCCUUUCAGGGGGUGUACACCGCCUAGAGUCCGUGGAGGAAUAUAAUGAGCUGAUGGUGCGGAAUGGGGACCCCCGGGCCAGGAUGCUGGAGGUCUCCCGAGAUGGCCGGAAGCACUCCCUCCCCCAGCUGCUGGACUCUUCUGGGGCAUCACAGGAGUACCACAUCGUGAAGAAGUCGACUCGCUCCCUAAGCACCACUCAGGUGGAAUCGCCUUGGCGGCUCAUUCGGCCAUCCGUGAUCUCCAUCAUUGGGCUGUACAAAGAAAAAGGCAAGGGCCUUGGCUUUAGCAUUGCCGGGGGUCGGGACUGCAUUCGAGGACAGAUGGGGAUUUUUGUCAAGACGAUUUUCCCUAAUGGCUCAGCUGCAGAGGAUGGAAGACUUAAAGAAGGGGAUGAAAUCCUAGAUGUAAAUGGAAUACCGAUCAAGGGCUUGACGUUCCAAGAAGCCAUUCAUACCUUCAAGCAAAUCCGGAGUGGACUAUUCGUCUUAACGGUGCGCACAAAGUUACUGAGCCCCAGCCUCACGCCCUGCUCAACGCCCACACACAUGAGCAGAUCCAGCUCCCCCAACUUCAACACCAGCCCAGUGACGGUGGUGGGAGGUCCCGAGGAAGGCGGUUCUUUGUCCCUGGGCCGGAAGGCCCCUGGACCCAAGGACAGGAUCGUCAUGGAAGUGACCCUCAACAAAGAGCCACGAGUUGGACUCGGCAUUGGUGCCUGCUGCCUGGCUCUAGAAAACAGCCCUCCAGGCAUCUACAUCCACAGCCUGGCACCUGGAUCCGUGGCCAAGAUGGAGAGCAACCUGAGCCGCGGCGAUCAGAUCCUGGAAGUUAACUCCGUCAACGUGCGCCACGCUGCUUUAAGCAAAGUCCACUCCAUCUUGAGCAAGUGCCCCCCAGGACCCGUUCGCCUUGUCAUCGGCCGGCACCCAAAUCCCAAGGUCUCCGAGCAGGAAAUGGAUGAAGUGAUAGCACGCAGCACUUAUCAGGAGAGCAAAGAGGCCAAUUCCUCUCCUGGCUUAGGUACGCCCUUAAAGAGCCCCUCUCUGGGAAAAAAGGAUGCUCUCCUCUCUGAGGCUGAGCUUUCCCAGUACUUUGCCCACGAGGUGCCGGGCCCGCUGUCGGACUUCGUGGUGGCCAGCUUCGAGGACGAGGAUCACCCCACAAGCGGCUGCAGCGCUCCUGAGGACAGCAGCCUGCCCCCUGCCCACAAGGAGCAGGGGAAACCCAGGGCCAACAGCCUCGUGGCUCUCGGAAGCCAGCGGGUCUCUGGGCUCUUCCACAAGCAGGUGACGGUCGCCAGGCAAACCAGCCUCCCUGGAAGCCCACAGGACCUGCGGAACCCCCUCCUCCGCCAGAGGCGGCUGGGCUGCUAUGACGCCAACGACGCCAGCGACGAGGGGGAGUUUGACGGAGAAGGGGACUGCGUCUCACUCCCAGGGGCCCUCCCAGGGCCCGGCAGGCCCCUGUCGGAGCAUGACUCCAGACACUUUGCGAUGGCCUCCUCCAAGGUCACGGACGUCAACAAGCAGGAGAGACAGCCCCAGAAGACGCAGGUCAGCAAGGCCUCCUCGGUGCCGCUCCUCGGCAGGUCCGUGGACUUGGAGGAGAGCGUGUCCCAGGGUAUGGUGGCCGCUCCUUCCCGGGCGGCCAGCCUGCUGUGCUCUGCGGCAGCCGCCGAGGGCGGCCCCGCAGGCCCAGGGCAGAAGGAGCCUUCGGAAGCGAGGAGUUCACCCAAACUGGACUCCAGAGUCGGUGCAGGCCCGCAGAGCCCCGUGAGCACAGAGAGCCCCACUUCCCCCCAGCAGAAGAGUGAAAGCCAGGGGUCCCGACACAGACCAGUGGCCAGAGUCAGCCCUCACUGCAAGAGACCCGAGGCUGAGGCCCGGCCCCAUGGCACAGAGACACUGGCCCCGACCGGCAGAGCAGAUGAACCGUGUGGUCCAGACUUCCCAGCCCAGGCCACAUCCGUCAAAGCAACCGCCACAGGUCUCCAGCCAGGUGGACCCAUCGAGAAGGAACCUCGGGGACAGCUGACCCUCAGGGAUGGACCUGUCCCCACCGACUAUGGGCCAGCAGCUAGUGCCCCGUCCCACCUGGACACUGGCCACUCCCCAGGGAACCUGCCCAGAGCCGCUCCAGAGCAAGGGCAUCGGCCCAUGACAGGACCGGAGCGCCCCCCAGCCCUCAUCCCUUCCCCCAGCAAGGCCUCGCUAGACACCGCCAGGCAAGUGGGCCAGCCUGCAUCGCCCAGGGGCUCCAGGCCCGAGUCCCAGGGCAGCUCUGCAGCCAGGCUCACCCUGGAGCGCAGCACGUCCCCAGGGGGAGCCAGCUCACCCCACAGCACCUGGAAGGCGGCUGCUCCCCAGGAAGUAACUUCAGCUCCGGCCCUGCUAUCCCCAGACCUCAGCUCCCAGGAGACGACGCCAGGUAACCUGAGCAAGGCUGCGGGAACCACAGGACAGCAAGCCCCGGAAGGCUCCCAGGAGGCUGCAGUGUGCGACGGCACAGACUCCCGGUCAGUGAGGACACCACAGGCCAGCCCGCCCCUGCCGCUGACCCCCGACAAGGCCAACAGCCAUGGGGAUGGAGUCUUGGGCCACUGCUGCCUUCUAGGGAGCAGAGAGAGCCCCGUCACAGACAUUGACAGAUUCAUCAGGGAGCUGGAGGCUUCCAGAGCAACCUCCCAGUCCUGCCCUCCAGGGGGACCUGAGGGCCCCCAGGGCGGCCCGCCAGCUGGAGCCACAGGGGGCAGUCCCCCCAAUGCAGAGCCAGUCCCAGGCGAGCGGACGCCCUCCCCCAGAAGGGUCUGGGCUGCCGGGCCCGCCCCGCCCCGGGAGUGGGCCUCCCAGCCUUCGGUUUUGGAUGCAAUCAACCCCGACAGACAUUUUACUGUGAACAAGAACUUCUUGAGCAACUACUCGCGAAACUUGAGCAAUUUUUACGACGACAGCCUCUCCCUGUCGGGCCCGGGAGACAGCACGGAGCCGUCUCUCUCCUCCAUGUACGGGGACGCUGAGGACUCGUCCUCGGACCCCGAGUCGCUCCCUGAGGCCUCGCGGGCGCCUCCUUCUCCCAGGUCUCCUUGCGAGGAAGAGACUGCGGGGUCGGAAGAGGAGCAAAUCGAAAUCUGCUCCGCAAGCCGCGCCCCCGCCGCAGCACCGGCAGGUGCUCGUGCGCCCUGCCCCGCCGUGGCCCGGGUGCUGCCCCUGAAGCCCAGUGUUCUGAGCGCCUCCGUGGAAGGCCCGUGGGAGCGAGGGGCCUCGCCCUCGCAGGUCCCCAGCGCUGCCCGGCCGGGCUCCCCCCCUACUUCACAGCAGCACCAAAGUCACACAGACGUGAGCGUUUCUCCCAGAGCCCCGGAGGUCACCGGCGGGAGCCCGGCUGACGCUAAACUCGAGGGACAUUUGCACGACCUCCCCGCCGCACCCAGCUCCCCACACAUGGUAAACGGCUUGGAACGUGACCUGCUGGGUGCCGGAACCUCAAAUAAGCAAGAAGCCCCCUCCGGUGUGGCUGUGCCGGAGACUGCAAACCGACACUUCGAGAAUCAUGGCGACUUCCUGCAGAAACCCAAACUGACCUGCAGGAGGCCCGUCGUGGCCUGGUUUAAAGAAAUAAACCGAAACCACCUAGGUGCGCACCCGCAGAGCAAGGCCGAGAAGGAACCAGCCACGAUGCCAGCCAGAAGCCCCGAGUCCAGAAUUCUGAGCUUCAACCACAGGAGGGGGGCUGCUGGGCCUCACAGCCCCCCUCCGCUGAAAACGAACCUUGAACCUAAGGAGCCGCCUCGGAAGAGCUCAGUGGAGACCCUGUGGAGCGCCUGUCAGAAGUCCAAGUGCGGGCCCAGGCUGAAGGGGCUGGGCGGUAAAAGCAAGAGCAAGGUGGGCUCCGAUGGCACCGCCAACGGCUCUGCCAAGGACCACCGGAAAGCCCUGCUUUCCCCCCCGCCCGCCCACAAGGUGCUUUCCAGGGGAGCGUGCCAGCGGCUCCUCGGAGCUGACCAUGAGGGGCCCGACGGAGCCGCCGCAGCCUCCCCCCAGCCUCCCCGGGCGGCCGCCGGGCCACUGAAGCUCUCAGCGUCGGACUCGAGCAUCCAGGCCUUCGCCCAGCCCCUGACCUCUUCCAAGACGACCCCCAUGGCUGCACACUCAGACCCCAGUGGAGGCUCCCCGGCUACCCCCAGCUCUUCUAGGGGUGGGGAGGAAAGCCAGGUGCCCCGAGCUGACCCCGCGCCAGCGACUGCCACCGUGUCCGCUGCAGGCAUCAGACACAGCAAGCAGCACGUGGAGAGCCACACAGACCUGGCCUCGGACGCCACACAGCCCAGAGCAGCUGGUGACAGAGGGAGCCGAGGAGUCGCUGGCGAUCCCCCGGGGGUCCCCGGCCAGCUACAGACAGCCGAGGUCACUUCUGAAAGAAUACCGAAGGGCCCAUGUGGUGACAAGUCAGCUGCGAGGGACCGACAGGGAGGGCUCUCGGCCCAGAGCAAGAGUCAGGACAGGAGUGAGACCAGACUCUGCCCCAGUCACCCAGCCUCUCCCAUGCCUUGUGCCUCCCAGGCGGAGCAGGAAGCACAACCAUCGCUCACUGUGGCCAAACCUGCUUCCCCCUGCUCCCCACGCGUGCCUGCAAAGACGGCAGAUCCUUCCAGCCAGGGAACCCCGAGCCAGACGCAGGACUCCCCAGGGAUGCCCCACAGCGGCAUAGCCACGGGCCCUGCAGGGGAGGACCCCCCCUACUUCUUGCCCAGGCCAGCAACCAGGACCUAUUCCAUGCCGGCCCAGUUCUCCAGCCAUUUCGGACGGGAGGGUCACUACUCCCCGCACAGCCCAAGGCGCUCCCCUCGGGACGGCCAGGUCCCCGAGCCACAGGCAGCCAAAGGCGUUGUGCUCGGCCUGGCUAACGGACAGGGCGUGUGUGGUGCAAAGCUGCUCCAGGAGGCGUCCAGGGGCCUCCCGCCAGCAGACGAGGGGGACGCCACCGCAGGCCGUGAGACCAGGUAUCUGGUCACUGACAAGAUCAAAGUCACCAGAAGACAUCAUCACUACUACGAGCAGAACUGGCCCCAGGAAUCUACCUCAUUUUUUUCCGUGAAGCAGAGGAUCAAGUCUUUUGAGAACCUGGCCAAUUCUGACCGGCCCGCAGCCAGGUCGGCGGCAUCCCCGUUCUUAUCGGUGAGCUCCAAGCCUCCCAUUGGGAGACGGUCAUCCGGCAGCAUUGCCUCGGGGAGCCUGGGCCACCCCGGAGACCCAGCAGCAGCAGCAGUGAGGUCGCUAAGACGCAGCCUGAGCUCCUGCAGUGAAAGCCAAAGUGAAGCCAGUGCCCUCCUCUCCCAGACGACCAGGUCCCCAUCCAGCGUGACGCUGACCGUCUCCCGGCAGACCCUGCCGGAGCCCAGCAACAAAGACCCCGAUUCAGACCACAAGAAAUCAGCCAGUCCUUCGGGCAUCCCCACUGCAACGGUGACCCCGGCCUCGCCCGUCAAGAGGAACAAGUCCUCUGUGCGCCAUGCCCAGCCCUCACCCGUGUCCCGCUCCAAGCUGCAGGAACUGCGAGCCCUGAGCAUGCCCGACCUGGACAAGCUGUGCAGCGAGGGGUACACGGCAGGGCCCACCACCGUGCUCUUCAAAACCCAGCUGGAGAUCGUGCCCAGGAGGGCGCUGGGUGCCACCGCUGGAAGCCUCUCAGACCGGGAGGGAUCUGCCGCCCCUUCGAGUCCUGGCGAGCGUGGAAGGGGGGCCUGUCCAGGAGGAAGCAGCCCUACAGCCGGGGAGCCUGAGGCCCCCGCUUCAGCCAGUGAUGAGCAGGACACCACCCCGGAUCCACCUCGUGGAAAAGGCUGGUCGGUUAAUUUGGAUCAACUUCACGUCUCGGCGGGGGACCAGGAGAGAGUUCAAGCCGUUUUGUCUUCAGUGGGGUCAAAAUCCACUGUCCUAACUCUCCUUCAGGAAGUGAAAGCACACUCAGAGAAUAAAGAAGAUGUUUGCUUCAUAGUCUUGAAUAAAAAAGAAGGCUCAGGUCUAGGAUUCAGUGUGGCAGGAGGAACCGACGUGGAGCCCAAAUCAGUCAUGGUUCACAGGGUGUUUUCUCAGGGGGCGGCUUCUCAGGAAGGGACCAUGCGCCGAGGGGAUUUCCUUCUGUCAGUCAACGGCACCUCACUGGCCGGCUUAGCCCACGGGGACGUCGUGAAGGUCCUGCACCAGGCACAGCUGCACAGAGACGCCCUCGUGGUCAUCAAGAAAGGGACCGAGCCCCCCACGGCCAACGGGAAGGGGUCGUUAUGCAAAAAGACCCUGUCCCUGGAGCCUGGAGCCGGGAGGAGCGGAGCCGCCCACGGGGCCCUGUGCGUUGAAGUGCUGAAGACCUCGGCAGGGCUGGGACUGAGCGUGGAUGGAGGAAAGGCGUCCGUGUCUGGAGAUGGGCCCCUCUUCAUUAAAAGAGUCUACAAAGGUGGUGCAGCUGAACAAGCUGGGACAAUAGAAGCUGGAGAUGAAAUUCUUGCUAUUAAUGGGAAACCCCUGGUCGGGCUGAUGCACUUCGAUGCCUGGAAUAUUAUGAAGUCUGUCCCGGAAGGACCUGUGCAGUUAGUCAUCAGGAAGCAUAGGAAUUCCUCGUGAACUCAACCAGAACAUCCUUUUCUUAGUUCCCUUCUUGCAACAACAAACGGUGGCACAUAGGCGAGGACUUUAAAAAUCUCUGUACUUACACGUGAAGUCUGACCUACUGUGUGUGCAGCAGCAAUGAAGUUAACUCCAGAGCCCUUCCACCACCUCGGCCGGGAGGGUUCCUUUUGUUCCAGUGCCUGCUCCCCAUCCUUUAUGCUUGCCGAUGGGGACACAAGAAGUGACAAACACCUACCUAGACCUUCACAUCUCUCUUGCCACCUCUGCCAAAAAACCCAAUCCUAGUGAUCAGGACCUCACGUCUCAGGGUAACACAAUGUCACAACUAAAAGGUUGAGAGUUUUAUGUAAUUUUGUAAGGAAAUGACACAGUGCUUUUUGGCACAUUUAGUGGGAUGAGGAAACACAGGUCUGUAUAUGUUACCCUGAAAAAAAAAUGAGACUUACAGAAGAAUGAAUUAUGACCUAAUUGUUAGGCUGAGCUCAGGAAUUAUCCCAAACUGAAAAAGCAAAAUGCAGAAAGUACUAUUUUGUAGCGAGUGUAAUGUAUGAUGUACGAUGCAGAGUUGAACUCAAUGGGUUAGUGACCACCGUGAAGUGCUGAUCAUUUUCCAUCUCUGACAGUGUAAUGCAUUGGUCUGUUUUACAGAAUCGAUGCUAAAUAGCCAUGAGCUUUGCUGCUUAGAAAGCACCUUGCGUCUAGUUUUUGAACUUGUCUUGAAUUCAAGAUUGGUCAACUUAAGAGCAGACAAAAAAAAAUCGCUGGGUUUCCAUUUCAUGCACUCCAACUACUAAUUUAAACUCAAUUUUAGAACGUGAGUCUCUCUUUAGUGUCUGGAUUUUUAAACAUAGGCAUUACUUACCACUCACAGGAGCCUACAGUGAUCUCGCUGGGGCGGACCUUUUCUCUUUGGUUGGUUUCUUCUCUUUCUCAACACGCCUCAGAAAUGUCACGUUUCCAAGUACUGAACCUGGACCAGGCAUAAUGACAACUCUUGCAGUGACUGAAGUUUUCGCUGUUUUUGUUUUCCUGUCCUGCAAAGUCUUCCUUUCGCCACAGUGUUCUCCUGCAGAGGCCUGCCGUGACGCACAGCUCCCCCGGAACGGCAGUCUGGUCCCACCGUCACGUCCUGUGUUGUCAUGAAGCUGGCUCUCCCCUCUAGCGCUGUACUUUCUUUAAAUUCCAAACCCUCGUCAGCUUUGUUUACCAAGAUGCAGCAACGAGGAGGAAAAUGGAGAAACAGGGCAAGACUCCAACAGAAUGCAGGAGCAGAACUACUCAGCUUUGACGACUCAAGUCCUUGGGUGGCGCCGACCAGGCCGCCGAGUCCUGCACACCAGACAACACUGCAGCUUUACGCUGGAGAUUUAACCUUCAGCUUGGCCGUGGCUGUGAGGGGCCCCGGGUCAUGGAGGUUCUUCAACUGUCAUCACUGGCCAUCAUUUUUCUAAGUGCCCAUUUGUUAGAGCAGAUGAGAAUGAAGCACCUGGCCUGUGUGGGCCCAGGCUUCUCGUUUUCCAACAGGUAAUUACGCCAAGGAGAACGUGGCACAAGAGUUAGCUGGAAGACCUGAUUUAGCAUCUACUUUUCACUACAGUUACAGGUAGGAUACUAUAGGAUGUCAAUGCAAGGUGCAUGCUGGUUUGCUUUCUACGUCUCGGGUCAGUUCUGUCAGUUCUGUGGUUUCUGCUUUCUUGCCUAAAUGAUAGGAGACCCUUGGAAGCCAACACUGAAGACCAUUUUCUGCCUCCACUCCUAGGCUGUGCUGUACUGAAGUGCACAGUCCAUAUGGACAGACAGGGAUUUCUAGAGCAAGCUGGAGCAGCGGAAUGUCUCCUGAGUCCCUGGUCCUCACAUCUUAGAAGGGUGAGGAUGCGCCCCUGGCCUCCCAGCAGGUCUUGCCAGAAGGGUCCCCCAGCUGCAAGCUGGGAUUUAAGGGAAGAAGCAAAGGCUAAACUGUCUUUGACCCUACAAUUAAAAGCUAUUUAUUUGUGCUCAGUGUUCAAGGCAUGACUAGUAUUUCUAAUUAGUCUAAUAAGCCCACCCCCGCCACCUUCUGGAGUGAACACCAAUGGUAUUGUCCUAUGAAAACUGUCUUUGUUUGGGUUUUGUUACCUGGUCAGUCAUUUGCAGUGAGUUGUGAGGUCAAUGUGAAUCGUAGUUGCAAGAAUAUAGCACCAAGGCUGAAGUGGGCUGGGCUUCCUCUCCAUCUCCCACACGCAUCUCACUGCAUUGCACGGUUGACUUAAUUGGCACCAUACCUGUUGUAUGAUAUUAUACAUUAUCUUUUAUUUAUGUAAAAUAAAAUGCCUUAUAUAUUAAAGAGUAAGUGCAAUAAUAUGAAAUAGCCUGUACAUUUUCAAAGUGUUGUCGCUGAGUUAUGUAAAUCCACAUCUCUAUAAACUUUUUUAAGUGAUUUUAAAAAAAAUAAAUACUCUGCUUACUACUU